AUGGACACCCAGCUUAACCUGGGAUCUCCUGCUUUCUGGGCGCAAGGCUCCCCAGAGAGCGAGACACUAUUACACAAAUGCAUUAACCUGUUCUUCCAAAACAUGUAUCCAAUUUUUCCUUUAGUUCACGAAGCGACUUUCCGUGCAAAGCUCGGUAAUCCUGGUGAACUGGAAACCAUCGACAGGGUCCUGAUACUUGCCAUGUGCGCCUUGUCCAUCAUACAGGUCUCGGAUGUCGCAUGGGGUAACCUCAGCCAUGACUCGCGCAUGACCAAGGGCAAAGAUCUCAUACGACAAGCUUUGGAGUUGCGACUCACGUGCGACUUCACUGAGAUGAGCUCACUCGCCGGUAUCUUGACAUCUUUGUUCCUACAGACUGCCUAUUUCGAGCUUCGCAGGAGACGAUCAUCAUGGUUCUACUUACGUGAAGCCAUCACACUAGCUCAGGCAGCGAGAUUACACGAGGCAUCUGGCUAUGAAGGUAUGGACUAUGUGGAGCGGAUAUGUGCUCAAAGAAUAUAUGCUAUACUGUUCAUAACUGAGCGCGGCGCCUCGAUUCUUAGUGUGCUGCCGGUCAGCAUAAAAUUCGUUCCCGUACUACCAGCAGAUAUACUUCCUGGCGAGGAUCCAAGUAUUCUAUCUGGCUUGCAAAGCAUAUAUACUUUAUUCAGCCUCUUGGACGAAAGCUUCGUGGAGCUCUGGAAUGCACCGACUGAGCCUUUUCCACAGCGACAAGGUCACGUCAAUAUCGCUGCAAUGCAGCACAAACUAAAGGCUUUAGAUCUCGACACCAUGGGGCUUACCGUUAUCCAAAGCGCUGACAUUCGGGUCACACAACAAUGGCUGAGACUAGUCUUCUGGCAAGCUGCGAUGCGCCAAGGUCUGAUUUCGAGUACUGCGGAGGACUCAGCUUUCACUUACGAUUUUCCUCGUGAAAUCGGUCAUUUACUGGUCAAUAUUCUCAAAUCUCUACCUCCAGCGGCGAUCCAGGCACAUGGACUUGGCAUAUUUGAGAAGCAGUUCGAGGUUGCUUACUCGCUUCUGGACAACUUGACGCUGUCCCAAUCAAAGUCACCAGAGGACUACGAGAAUCUACGAUUUAUAUUCCGAUGCUUAUCAGCAUCGCCUAGCUCAAGAGAUACCUACGUGCGUGCAUUGGAAACAAAGAUGGACAAUCAACGACGACCGUCGAACACUGCUGGUAUCGAGUUUGUCGUUAAUUGGGAUCUAAGGACUCAUGAAGGUCGUCGCCUCUCUGUCAUCUGA